UUCCCGUGACGACACGUGACAAGGAGUACAGAAGGUCCAUGUUGACGUUUCUGUGAAACCCGUGGCUGAGCGAUUACAGAACUGUAACACAGACACCAUCUUUAACAUGGCGGAAGGAUUUGUCCGGGAACAGUCGUCGUUAGAUGGCUCCAGGAGUCUGGACACUUUAGUACUGGAAUGUCCUAUCUGUCUGGAACAGUUGCGACACCCUAAGUCCCUCCCUUGCCUUCAUUCAUUUUGUGAGGAAUGCCUGGGUAGCUACAUCACCAAGGAGUUGUCAGGUAAGAUGGCGUCUUCUUUCUCCUGUCCUGUAUGCCGUAAGGUCACCGAGCCGAUGAACCCGUCAGAAGACAAGGAAAGUUGGGCUGGACAGUUUCCUACCAACAAUCUGGCAGUCGAAAUGAUCCGACAUUUACAAAAUACGAAUACGUUGAUCACAUGCAAGCCCUGUGAGAAGAAAGGGAACACGAAUGUACCAGCAAAGUUUUGGUGCCAUCAAACUAAAUCCUACUUCUGUGCAACCUGUAAAAUCGACCAUCAUGACCUGAUUCAUGAAGAAUGCGAACCCGAGAAUAUCACGGAAUGGAACAAAUCAGAUACGAUCCGAAGGCAGACGUCGGCUGCUGGAUGUGGAAAACACAAAGAGAAAUUAGAGUAUUACUGUGAAGAUCAUCAGAUUCUUGGAUGUAACAAAUGUAUCAUUGUCGAUCACCGGAAGUGUGAGGUGGUGACAUCAGUAGACGAUUUCCGGGACAAACUGACACCUUCAAAAUUUGACAAUCUUCUUGAUGACCUUCGGAAAAGCACAGACGCCAUGGAAACAUUAAUAAACGAUGUCGCAGAACAGCUUCAGUCCAUGACAAACGAUCAAGACAUCGCGCUACAAAGUUUAACAGACAUACGCAAAAAGAUUAACGAACGUUUUGAUACAAUUCAGAAAGAGCUUACAGAUAAAUUGAUGGCAAUUUUCAAGGAAGAGAAAGAAAAUCUGGAUAUAUCGAAACUGAAAUGUGAAAGAUUGAUGCUCUCUAUGCAAAAUACGCUGACGUCAUCAAAGAAUGCCGCCUUGAAGGACGAUUCUGUGGGAACGAUCUGUCUUUUCCAGAGAGGCCAUGCGGAGGUCGAGUCCUGUAAGGAACUCAUAAAGGAGUUGGAAAAGUCGUCCAGAUCUACCAGUCUGAGACACGAGUAUGACCCUGACAUACUGGCCGUCAACACCAAGACAAGCCUUACUAUGGGAAAGAUAGUCGUUCAUCAUCAACAGAGGAGACUACCAUCUACUGCGUUCAGUACUCCAUUGUCUGAACGUCUGAUGAAGAUAACGGGAAACUUAAACAUCAAAGUUCCCUCUGACAAAAAAGACUGUUCUGCGUUUGGAGUUGUUCUCCUGUCUGAUGGCCGUAUUGUCGUAGGAGAAUAAUAUCAAACAACAAAGUGAAGCUGUUUACAGAAAACGGGGAUUUUCAUUGUGAGGUGGGAUUGAGUGAUUUGCCUUGUGACCUUUGUCGUAUUGAUGACAAUACUGUGGCCGUGAUGCUGGUGACUGUUAAAACCAUCUGUGUUGUCGCUGUUGAGGAUUUAACCUUGACCAUCUCAUCGAAAAUCCUUAUUCCAAACAUAACUGAAAACUGUCUUGGUGUCACACACAUCAACACUAAUUAUGUAGUUGGUACAUUAUCAUCACUUUACAGGGUACCAAAAGAUGGGGGUAAUGCCACAAAACUUUAUACAGUUGAAUCAAAAGGUCUGCAUCUCGCCAGUAAUCAGAAGAAUGGGUACGUGUUCGCUAGCUUACACGAAUCAACUCCUGACAAGGUGGCCGUGACACGACUGUCUGGCAAGUCCAUCAGAGACGUAUUGAAGGUCGGCACUGUGAAUAGAACAACAGGAUUAGACGUAGACAGGGAAGGUAACGUGUAUGUUUGUGGAUUCAGUUCAAAUAACGUCAUACAGAUGUCAGGGGAUGGAACUAACGUCAGGGAACUGCUGACGUCAUCAGAUGGUAUCAAAUGUCCGAGGGCGAUUUCUGUCUGUGGUGAUAAAGUAGUGAUCACAAGUGGGUAUUCAGACCAACGGAAUGGUAUAUAUAUGUUUCAGCUCAUUUGAAUUGCAACACAGAACUAAGGAGAUUAAGGAACAUUUGGUGGAUUCCGAAGGACAAUAGAUGAGUUUGUAUUAUUUAGCUACACCUGAUUCAUUCACUAUUUUUAUAAUUUCUAUCGCAAUCUGCGAAUAUCAGUAAUAUACCAUGCAAUAUGAAUCCAUGAAGCAUUAUAUAUUUUUGAGUAUUUUCAAUAAAUACAUUCUAAUUUUAUUAGAUACUUCUAAAAAAGGUAUAUGCGUCCAUGGUUAGAGCAGCAUAGAUAUUCGUAUAACAACACAAAGAACUAAGAAACUAUAGAAACUAUUGUUAUUAGUUAAUAUAAUGCUAUUUUUCUUGUAUCGUCAUUUCCUGUGUAUUGCGCGCCCGCACAAGCCGAAAUAAUGGUUUUAUGAUUUAAAGUCUGCAGAUAGACCGUCUGCUGCGUAAUGGAGAAUACGUUCUCACAAUCAGGGAAUCCCCUGCUGUAUGUGUAUUGUACUCAUAGUUGACAUGUGCUGCCUUGACACGUGAACAGUGUCAAUAAAUGUAUUUUCUGCAUAUGUACCAUUUAUAUUUACAUACAUAGGUACCAUUCAUAUUUACAUAAAUAGGUACCAUUCAUAUUUCGCACUUGAAAAGCAAGGCGGCAUCUAAUAGUACACAAGAUUCUCACACAAAAAGUUGAAUUGGAUUUGACAUGUAAUGUAUGGCCCGCAUUAAAUAUAUAUAUAUUUUGGAAUACAUUUGUUUUGUCAGAUAGUUCGCUUCAACAGAUAGCCAACAGAAGGCAAUUUUUAGAUUUUAGAUUUAUAGACAAUACACAGGACAUUACGAAAGUCUCAAUAGUUGUUAUCUCAAAUAUGUCAAAAUCCUCUUGGAAAAGCGUUUUGGAUCUUCCGGAAUAUGGUAUGGUGCACGAGGUUUCGUCCGUCCGACAACUUUUAGUUCUCGAAAACUUUAAGAAACUGGAUACUUAUAUAUUUUCAGGAGGUACAUGAGGCAAAGUACAGGAAAGAUAUCUGAUAUUAAUGAACAUGACCUUUUCUCAAGUCAUUGAAGCCAAAUAGCGAAGAUUCCUUUGAGAUAGGUAUAUCUCAAGUGCUAGAAAAGUUGGACGACUGAUAUUCUACCAGAGGGUACCAAUUGUAGGGUGUAUUAAGUUUCUUUGUAUCAAUGAUAUUGAUCUAUCUUCAAGGUCAAUAAAUAAAAAGCCCCCUUUGAGAAGUUCUUUAAGAUGUGGGAUACUCAUAUUUCUCCAGUAGGUAUCUGCUAUGAUAAUAAGUUAGUGCUAUUAUCAUAUGAAUGAUAUUACCUAGAUCCCAGGACAAAGGGGUCAAAUAUGUUGAAACCGUCAAGAAUCCACAAUCAAAGUUCCAGAAGACCUAGAGGCCAGAUGUUACCUAGUGUCUUGAUUCAGAUAACCUUGACCUAUUAAAAGGGUAGAGUUCCAAUCAAGAAUCUUGAGACCAGAAGACCUGAUAUUUGGCCAGUACGUACUAGCAAUAGGGUGCUGUAAUUUUGUUUCGCAUAAUGUCCUUUACUACCAGUAUAAGUCACAUGGGUGUAAUAUUUAACGGUUCUUUGAAGAUCUUUGAAAAUUUCUCAAGUUCUGACAGGUCCGGGGCACUGAUAUGUCUUCAGAAGGUUCCUGAUAUUGAAUGUUUUAUAGGUUUUCCCGCGUGAAUGUCAAAAUUGUCAAGGUCCAGUUGGGUAAAAACAUUUAUCUUAUUUAUUUCAUUUUAACAGCUAGCUGAUUCUUUACACUUUUCAGUGAUAUAUGAAUUGAUAUGGGAUGAUUUAGAUAUGUAUGAAAAACAUCAUCGGAUGUAAUUUUUGGUAUCGCAAUGCCAUGAAUUGACUGAUAAUGCAUGAAUGCGAAACCCCAUGUUACCAUUAGCUCUUUUAGAAAUAGUGAAUGACUUUCCUUGACACAUUGCUAACAUAAGGUUGACAUAAAAUCUCGAUAUAGCAUUUUCCCAUUAUUCCGCACUACCCAUGUGAGCGACGGAGGCCUUCUGGGUCUCUUGUUCUGAUAUUAUGAUUUUUGAAUAGCCAUUUUAAUGACAAUCAUCGUGGUAUAUGUUUUUAUUUCUAUUUUGCGUACCAUAUCUGCUUUCUUUUUGGAGAAAUAUGUUUUAUUGCAUUUUUGCCAGUGAAAUAUUCUUGCUAGGUUUUGACAAAAUACUCACUUGACGUUAGCUAUUCAUGCACAGAUUAUCCGAUAACAGCAGAAAACGCUUAAAUAUGCGCUGAUCAUUCCUUUCAAAAUGGCGCCGUCAAAUUGACGUGGUGUAACGUCAAAAAGAUAUGACGUCAUUAAUGAUUCUCGCACUUUUUGACACUAUUAAUUUUUCGAUGUUUUUAACUUUGUUUUUAAGUA